AUGACGACUUCCAGAGAUUUCACGGGCAAAGUAGUGCUGAUCACCGGCUCGGGCGGUGGUAUCGGUGCUGUCACUGCCGUAGAGUUCGCUCGACUCGGGGCUCAAGUGGUGGUCACCGAUCGCAGGAGAGAUAGGGUGUCCGUUGUGGCCAAACAGUGCGCUGAGGCGUCGCCUACCGGUGCUAAAGCCCUGGAAGUCGUGGCCGAUGUCACCGACGAUGACGACUACACUAUUAAGACGUUUAAAAAGUUGGACAUUUUAGUGAAUAACGCGGGUCGGGGUAUAAGUCAGAAGAUAGGGGACGCGGAUAUCCUCGACAAGUAUGAGCUCCUUAUGAACACAAACCUCCGGUCAGUCGUACGGUUGACUCACUUAUGUGUCGAGCAUUUGGAGAAAACUAAGGGUAAUAUCGUUAACGUGUCGAGCAUUACGGCCUUUAAACCGAAAUGGUUAUCCUAUUCAAUUUCAAAGGCGGCGCUGGAUAUGUUCACAAAGUGCGUAGCGCUCGAGUUGGGCCCCAAAGGCAUCCGGGCUAACGUUGUCAAUCCCGGUUCUGUAAAGACCGAGUUUUUGGAAAUCAGUCUAAACGUGAAUAAAGCAAAAUCGGACGAACUUUUGGAGGGCAUUGCCAUGAAGUGCCCCAUGGGACGGGUGGGUGAGCCCAUGGAUGUGACAAAAGCCGUGUUGUAUUUGACGUCCGAUGACGCGUCGUUUGUGACCGGAUCCAACUUCGUGGUCGAUGGGGGCCUACAAUAUGUCUAACAUUCAUAUUAUCAUAUUAUGGACAUGUUCAAUUAUUGGCCUUGG